AUGAAAGCAAUCGACGAGCCUAUUAUAUCUGGCUAUUAUCGCUACACUGAUAUUCUCUUCGAGUAUCAUAAAACAUUCGAAGAUCCGGCAGAAAUAUCUGCGUUUAAGGCGUUCGUAUCGUAUAACGCCCUAGGCGAUCCAAAUCAUCCGCUAUGUAUCGACAAGGACAAAGGAAUAGAACUAUAUAUCGGAACGCUGCCAUCGGGUCAGUUAAGAUUGAUGUUUUCGUCGGCGCAGAUGGAAUAUGCGCGUUACUGGCUACAUGCUAUGGGCUUCACAAAGAAACUUUUCCCUCUUCCAGGCUCUGACUGGCUCUUAACAAAGAAUGUCCUGCGUAACAUAUCGACGGCUCACUACAAGUCUGGAGACGAAGUAAAGUAUGCAACUCGUAUGAUAGAUAAGAACAACAAGAAACUGAAAGGGACCGACUCCGCCUUAACCUCUUUUCGUCAAAAUUUCGAGAAAGUCCGUGACUUAUAUGCAUCCCGAAAAGGCACGUGGUUAGCAAUAGACAUCGAAGCCUGGGAGAUGGACCAUAGUGUUGUUACUGAAUGUGGCUGGAGUUAUCUUAGAUGGGAUGGAGAGACAGAGAUAACUGAUCGCGGGCACUAUGUCGUCAAGGAGAACGCGAUUUAUACGAAUGGAAAAUAUGUUCCAAAUGCCAGAGAAAAUUAUAAUUUUGGAGACAGCAAAACAUUGCGCAAGGCUGAAUUAAAAAAGGCGGUCUACGAUAUGAUGAUUAAUUUCCUGAAUUCGGGCCCUUUGUUUCUCGUGUUCCAUGAUGGCAGUCAGGAUGUAAAGUACCUAAAAGGCACGUAUUUUGACCUUCCUCCUGGGGACCUAGUGUUUUUCCUUCCGAGCGACACUCCAAAGAAAGGAACAUUUGUCGUAGACACUACAGAGCUCUUCGGUGCACUGGAAGGCGAGGUUGGAGAGAAGCGGUCACUUGAAAUGAUGCUGCGUCUGUUGAAAAUUGAUGCAGAACAUCUGCAUAAUGCUGGUAACGAUGCCCACUAUACACUUCUUGCGUUGCGAUCAAUGGCCAUCGGGAAUCAGAUUGAUGUUCAGCGGGAAGACAGGUGGCCGAAUCAGACAGAAGGAACGGCCGAGACGGGAACAAGCUUCAAAGUCAAUCAUAAACCUUGGGACUUAGACUCGGAUUAUUCUGACUUGGAGGGUGCAUUUGGCCGGCCGGCAAAUGCGGAAGCCGUUGAAAAGCAUUUGGCUGGACUGUCUGAUGAUGAAAAUGAUGAUUACUGGUAGAACGCCGAAAGUGUAGAAUAAUAAUUGAUAAUUACAUGUAAAAUCUUG